CGCUCUCCUCCUAGCAUCCCGGACCUGCGCGAGACCCGGCUGGCCCCGUCUCCAUGGCGACAGCCGACGCGGCGGCGGGAGUGGCCGGUGCCUAUCUGCAGGGAUCGGAGCUGGGCCGAGGCCAUGUCGGACCUGGGCUCGGAAGAGCUAGAGGAAGAGAGAGAGAACGAUCUUGGGGAGUACGAGGGGGAGCGGAACGAGGCAGGCGAGCGGCACGGGCACGGGAAAGCGAGGCUGCCCAACGGCGACGUUUACGAAGGGAGCUAUGAGUUCGGGAAAAGACACGGCCAGGGCGUCUACAAGUUUAAAAACGGAGCUCGGUACAUCGGAGAGUACGUGAAGAACAAGAAGCAUGGCCAGGGCACCUUCAUCUACCCGGACGGCUCGCGGUACGAAGGGGAGUGGGCCGACGACCAGAGGCACGGCCACGGCGUGUACUAUUACGUCAACAACGACACCUACACCGGAGAGUGGUUCGCUCACCAAAGGCACGGGCAAGGCACCUAUUUCUACGCGGAGACGGGCAGUAAGUACGUCGGUACCUGGGUGAAUGGACAGCAGGAGGGCGCGGCCGAGCUCAUCCACCUGAACCACAGGUACCAGGGCAAGUUCCUGAACAAAAACCCCGUGGGCCCUGGGAAGUUUGUGUUUGACAUCGGGUGUGAGCAGCACGGAGAGUACCGCCUGACAGACGUGGAGAGAGGAGAAGAGGAGGAGGAGGAGGAGGCUUUGGUAGCGGUCGUCCCGAAAUGGAAAGCCACCAAGAUCACGGAACUGGCCCUGUGGACGCCGACGCUCCCCAAGGAGCAGGCCCCGUCGGAGGGACCUGGCCAGGAGGAGACCCCGCGGACCGAGGGCAUCGGCGAGGACACGGAGGAGAGCCAGGGCCUCCUGGAGGGGUUCGAGGGCGAGAUGGAGAUGCGGCCGGGGGACGAGGACGCCGACGUGUUCAGGGACGACAACCGGGAGUUCGGCUACGACGUGGACCAGGCCAACGCCAGCUUCGAAGAAGAGGAGGGCAGGCAGUCGGACCUGCAGGAGUGAGGGGCGCGGGCGGGGCCUGCUCGCUCACGUCGCCUGUCGCCUGUCGCUUGUGAGGCUGGUUUGCAGUCGCAAAUAAACUCCCUUAUCCUUGG